UAAUAUCUAUCAAAAUAUCACUCAAAAAGACCUUCAUAGUUCAUCGCAUACUCGACUAGUUUACGAAAUGCCUCACGAACGCUGCUCACCAAGUUUGACAACCCUCAUAUAUGGCACUAUAGGAGCAUUGUUCUUCUUCUGGGUAGGAAGGAUCUCCAUGCCACUGCCAACUGGCACCCAAGAGCCACACCUUUCACCCAUAGUUCGGCUCAUACCUCGAAAGUUCACAUAUGAACGUCUGUUUGGCUCGCCUUCGUCCCCUCAAGUCGACUACACCUGGCUACACUUGUUCCCCUCAUACGGCGGCUUCUUCGCGCACCCGCACAUCGCCCCCAAGAGGUCCACUUUCUCAGUCUUCCAUCAGCUGCACUGUGUGAAUAGCAUCCGGAGAGGAUACUGGAUUAUGCAUGAUGCGGCGCGCUCGGGAGAGGUGUUCAACGAGACGGGCUUGGAGAUGGAUGCUAGCCCAGCUCAUAUCAGGCAUUGCAUUGACUUGCUAAGGCAGGCUAUCAUGUGUAAUCCUGACUUGACGAUUGAAGAGAAGAAUCUCGAGACGGGCGGAGUGAGCGGAUUUGGCGUCGUACAUCAGUGUUAUGAUUGGGAUCAGCUUGUUCAUUGGGUUAAGAAUUUCGAGCUUGACGGUCUUAGUGAUUCUUCUGCAGGCCCUGUUCAUGUUAAUGGGCAUAUGCAUGGGUCUGAUGGAUGA